UUGACAGCUACAAAAUGGUUUAUAAUAAAUUGAAAAUUUAUUCACAUGUUGGGUUGGAUUUGAAGCCAACUAACAUAAAGGAAGACACACUGUUCUGCUAUGAAGCCUCUGCACAUAUCAGGCUCUCAAAUCUCUAACUCAACAAUGACUUCUGCUUAUCUGUUCUUCACUUCUCUCAUUGCCUGUUCUAUUUUCUUGACCACAUUUUCAUCUGCUGCUGCAGAAAAUGGCAGAUUUGGAGUUUCUAGGAUUGAAGCUCAGAAAGUUACUCUCUCAGUUUACUAUGAAACUCUAUGCCCAUUUUGUGCUACUUUCAUCGUCAAAAAUCUUGCUCAAAUAUUUGAUAACAAUCUCAUCACCAUUCUCAAUCUCAGACUGGUUCCUUGGGGAAAGGCAUCUAUCAACUCAUCUAAGAACUCCACUGUUUGUCAGCAUGGCCCAGAUGAGUGCAGGCGAAAUUCUGUGGAAGCAUGCGCCAUCAAUGUUUUGCAUGAUGUGAACAAGUAUUUUGCUUUCAUUUACUGCAUAGAAUUUCUGGCCAUUGAGGGAAGGCAGAAGGAGUGGCAAACUUGUUUCAGUUCAUUGGGGUUGCCUUCAAAACCCAUCUUGGAUUGCUACAAAAGUGGAAAUGGAACAAAGAUUGAACAAAAAUAUGCUAAUGAAACCAUGCACCUCAAUCCGCCUCUUAAAUUUUUACCAUGGCUGGUUCUGAACAACCAACCAAUUGGAAAUGAUUAUAAAAAUUUUGCCGCCUAUGUAUGCAAGGCUUACAAAGGUAACAAAGUACCCCUGGCCUGCCAAUAUGUGCAUUUGAAGCAAAAGACAGAGUAGACAGUGACACAUGCUGCACUUACCACAAGCAUAAAAGAUCGAUCGCUGGCUUGAGCCAUUGAGAGAGGCUAUAUUUGGUUUAAUACACACUAAUUUUUCUUGUUUGAAUUGCUAAUUAUCUAAAUAAUGCAAUAAUCAUUCAUGUG